AUGCGGAUACCCGGCGAGAAACGGAGCCCCUUCCCCGACGAGUGCGGCAACCGGGCCGGCAUGUUCGCCGAGGCGAUGCGCGACGGGGACAUGGACCUGGCCUGGUCGCUGCUGUCCAAGGAAACCAGAGGGAUGCGGAUGGGCGUGUGGGCCACGCGGUACCGCAUCGACAUGCAGGUGGCUUACCGCGCGGGUUACAACCAGGGGCACCCGAUGCGGGAAGCGAUGCUGGAGGACUUCCGCACGACCGUGCUUGGCCUCUGGCCGCUGGAAGACCUGACGGACCUGGGCAUCUCUCCCACCAGCUACGUGGACGACGAGCAUGCCUUUGCCUUCCUGCCCUUUGGGAUCACGGAGGACAACACGGAGGUGCGUCGCGGUCGCGCGAUGAACGGCCUGAUCCUGCCCAUGCUGAUGGAAGACGGCGAGUGGAGGAUCGAUCUGCCUGGGUGGAGGUUCAUGGAGAAUCCGAACGCAGAUGACCCCAAGGCCAAGGAGCAGGAGUAG